AUGCCAGAACUGCUUGAUGUAGUUCAUGGUUGCUUACCUGCUAGGGAAAGACUAGCUAGACAUGUAGUUGAUAUCAACCCUAACUGUCCUUUUUGCGAUAGAAUUGAUGAAACUGUCCAACAUUUAUUGAUUGAUUGCGAUAUUUCAAAAUCCAUUUGGCUAGCUAUAAAUCCUAACAUUGCAGGUUUGGGUAGUGGAGUGAACAUUUUUGAGUGGAUUGCCAGCUGGUUCAUAACUGGUGGAAGCUCAGCGGAUUUCAACAAGGAAUUGGUGAAGUUUGCUUCAUUUACACUUUGGCAUAUUUGGAAAUUUCGUUGUUCUGUAGUUUUUGAUACUGCUCCUUUGAACAUAUCUAAUGUUGUGAGUCUGACAAAUCAAAGUGUGCAUGAAUGUCUAUCUAGUAAUAAUCAUUUGACUUUAAGUAAUCAUACUAAUGCCAGGGUGGGGAUGCACAUUGCCUGGAUUAGGCCGCCUGAAUCGUUUACCAAAGUUAAUUUUGAUGCUUCCUUUUCUAAAGAUUCUAAGCUUAUGGGCACUGGACUAAUUGUGGUUGAUGAUGCAGGGAAUUGGAAAGCAGCAGGCUGCAUUCCAAGGGUAGCACAAGGUGCAGAAAAAGCUGAGGCGCAAGCUGCAUUAGAAGGAAUAAAGUGGACAGUUCAAAAUCAAGUCGCUCAUCUUCAACUUGAAGGAGAUUGUGCUAAUGUAGUGAAUGCUAUUAAUAGCAAGCAAGGCUCGAUGAAAUGGACAACAAAUAGUAUAAUUUAUGAUUGUCGAAAUUUUUUUAAUAAUUUUAAUAAGUGGGAAUGUUACUAUGUCCCAAGAAAGAUGAAUGAGGUGGCUGAUUUAUUAGCAAAAGAUGCUGGAAUGAAUAGUAAUCCAUGGCUGUAUUUUCUAAUCUCCGGAAAACUUGAUGUACCUCAGUGA